AUGGCAAAGACCGCUAAUAAAAAGAAUAAUCCCACAGCCAACCCACGAUCUCGAGCCUCCAAACGAGCCACAUCCCCUUCAAUAGACGUCGACAAAUCCGUGAAAGAAGCCCCUCGAGCGUCCGAUGCCACUCCCGUCCUAGCAGCCCGCCCCUAUGGAGGCAUCACCAAAUCCAAGCGCAAGGCAAAACCCCUGUCAAGAGGCCAACGGCGGCGGCAUGAACAAGUCCUGGCAAGAGGAGAAGUCAUCCAAGACGUUCUCUCAAAGAAACUGGAUGACGCGUCCUCGAGGCUGAAAAAGAGGCGGGAUCGGAAAAAGGUGUGGGAUGAUGUAAAUGGUGAUGCAGUCAAUUUCGAGAACAUGAAGGCCAUACUUGGUGAAGAUAUGGACGAGACCAACGGCAAUGCGAACGGCGAUGACGACGGGUGGGUGGAUGAAGAGAUGGAUGAGGAUCAGACAGAUGUCAAGAUUGUGGACGGCGUCAAACUACCAGCGACGGCGGCGGCGACAAAGUUGGUCGUUGUCGAUCGAAUGGCAUCAGCACCAACCACAGAUGUGGAAGACGAGGUCGAGAAGAUUACAUGA